AUGUCAAACAGCACAAGAAAGCAAGUACCCACCAAAGGUAAUGGAGCUCGCACUCCUCAACCACUAUCAAACCGGAAACCUCACCAGCCGGCCAUAUCUCCCGUCCCUAAUGACAGAAGGCAUGCUGCCCUUCAAGGUGGCCCUAAGGUGGCCCUCUCAGCACAGAAGUGGAAGAAUGUCAACCAAGCUAUCGAAAAGACUGUAGAUAUAGUCUUGAGUAAAAAGACGGCCCUGAAAGGCUUCGGACCUGACUGCUGGGAAAUGGAUGGGGGUUUUGGAGUGGCCCUCGUGGCAGAAAUAAGACGAGAAAUCAAAGAAGACUGCACAUUAGAUAACCCUAAGCUCCAGAAGAAGCUAAAGGAAGUGGCUCGUGAUGUAACAGCAAAGGAAUUCCGGUUUCCGUUCAAGGGUGGCGGAGUCUGGUUUUGGUUCAAAAUAACCGAUCUUCAUAAAGCUACCCAGCCGAUAACCGAAAUCCAGCAGGCCGGCACUCCGUCAGGGGCUGACACGAUUAUUAAAGGUACGGAUGACGAAACAGGAACUACAGAUAGAGGAGGCGAUCCCGCUCAACAUAAAAGGGAAUCUGCUGCUGAAGAGACCCCAUCUGAGUUACAUUUUGACUCACAUUGA